CCGAUAGGAUUUCUGACCAUUUCGACUUUACUGCUGCUCAUUAGAAAAUUGUGUUGAAAAAUGAGACAACUGUAGAAUGGCAGUCUUAAUAGAAACGUCUCUCGGGAAUUUGACAGUUGAUCUGUUUACUGAAGAAAGACCUUUGUGUUGCAAGAACUUCUUAAAGCUGUGUAAAAUAAAAUACUACAAUUUCUGCUUGUUCCAUACUGUACAGAGAAACGUGAUAGCACAGACUGGAGAUCCUACCGGUACUGGAAGGGGAGGGGAGUCAGUCCAUGGCACCAUCUACGGGGAGCAGGCCAAGUACUUUGACAUGGAGCUGGCACCAAGACUCAAACAUCGGACCGUCGGCACUGUCUCCAUGGUGAACAAUGGAGGAAACAUGCACGGAUCUCAGUUUUUCAUCACUUUAUCCGAGUCCUUGGACUACCUGGACGGUAAACACACAGUGUUUGGGGAAGUCGCAGAGGGCCUGGAUGUCCUGCAGAAAAUCAACGAGGCCUACUGCGAUAAGGAAGGACGCCCUUUCAAAGACAUCAGGAUAUACCACACUAUCAUCUUAGAUGAUCCUUAUGAAGAUCUACCAGGUCUGGCUAUUCCUGAUAGGUCACCUGAACCCACCAAAGAACAGUUAAAUAGUGGCCGUAUUGGUGCAGAAGAAGACAUUGAUGAGUUUAAGGGCUUCAGUGAACAGGAGGUACAAGAAAUCAUGGAGGAACGCGAGGCCAAGGCCAACGCACAGAUCCUCGCCAUGGUUGGAGACCUGCCUGAGGAGGAUGUUGCACCGCCAGAAAAUGUACUCUUUGUGUGUAAGCUGAAUCCAGUCACCACGGAUGAAGACUUGGAAAUCAUAUUUUCCCGCUUUGGUACAAUAAAAAGUUGUGAAGUUAUACGGGACCACAAAACAAAGGAAUCUCUGCAGUAUGCUUUCAUAGAAUUUGACAACGAGAAAUCGUGUGAGAAUGCCUACUUCAAGAUGGACAACGUGCUGAUAGAUGAUCGUAGGAUUCAUGUGGACUUCAGUCAGUCUGUGUCGAAAAUCAAGUGGAAGGGGAAAGGAAAAGGAGUGGAAUAUUCCAAAGACUUCAAGGGAGACAAGGACAGGGAUGACUUCUACUCCAACUAUAAGAUCAAGGAUGCUGCAAGGAAGGACUCGAGAUAUGAUCUUGUCUUCGAAGCCAAUGAUGAUUUGGAACGUCCCAAGAAGAAGAAAAAGAAGAACAAGCACCGAGGCAGUUCUAGUGAGGGUGAUGAUCCAAGGGCUAAAAAACAGAAGAAGCACAAGAGAAAUCGCUCUCCCAGUCCAGAGAUAUUUCACAAGAAAAAGGUCAGGGAUAACUCCAGCUCUCCAGAUAGAAGGUCAAAGGUCAAGAACAGGAGGUCAAGGUCAAAAUCAUAUUCAAGGUCACCAGUGAGAAGAAAUCGCUCCAGGUCCCGUGAAAGACAUUCAAAACAUUCUGGGAAAGACCGUUAUAAAUGACAGGACUAAUAAAAAAAAUGAGGAUUAUUAAAAAAUAAUCAGUGGUUUUAUUAAUAAAAUUCUUUAAUAAAAACAAAUUAUCUUGGUCAAUGUUUUCAUAGUAAAGCAUCUUUAGUUUAGGGCUGGUUUGGUUAAAGUAUUCUUGAUAUGGAUGGGUUUUCUGUUUUGAUAAAAAUUUAACAGGUAAAUUUGUUUCAACAUGUUUUAGUAUUGAUUAGAACAAACAAAUUGUAAAAGUCCCUGUUUGCAGUUUCACUGAAAUUGCAAGUCUGUUUGCUUUAAAAUGGUUUAAAUCAGAAGACUUUACACAGUGGCUGUAUUAAUAUAUCCCCAAGUUUUAUUUGCUGGGGGUCACUGAGACUGACUCAGUGUGCACAAACAACAAUUGUUACAUACCAUUUUAACAGUUACUACAUGUAUGUAGAAUUUCAAUGGCAGCUAAUAAUCAAGUGUGCUUAGGUUAUUAAUAUUUGCAUCUGUUGUCUUGAAAAUAAUAAUUGUAAAUAUUCACUUGUGAAUAAUUAAAUGCGGGUCUAAACAACUUAUUGUUUUUAUUGUUUCUGUAUUGAAAUAAUAUACACAAAUUGCUUGAUAAGUCCAUGAACUUGUUUCUUAAAUAAGAUCCUUAAAGAAUUGCAGCACUUACUUACAUCCCACUACAUAGGGGAAAAUAAUGCAAAUAACAAAACAUUGAAGCUGUUUUCUUUUCCCUUCAAUUAAAACUCAAAUAACUUGCCUCUUGACACUUAAAGCGCCAGUGAAAAUAAUAUCUCCCUUUAAUGAGAAAAUAUAACAGUCCUCAACCUAUUGCAAUGCAUUUCUGUAGAUUUAACAACGAUCUUUGUAAUCACUUCAUAAAAUCAAGAACCUUUGUUAAAGGCAUUAUAUAAUACAGGCUGAAGAUAGUGUCUUUGUGUCAACAUAUUUUAGUGUUGUCAUAUAAAUUGCAUCUGCAUGAAUUGUUGCAAGUAGUUUAGCGGUUAGCUUACGAUAUCCAUGGAAUCUAGUUGAAUAUUUUGAAGAAUAAUUUCAUGAUCAGUAGUGGUUUUUGUUUGUGAAAAAAAGUUCAUGUGAUCUGAAAUAAGAUUUUUUAAGAACAUUAGUUUUUUAAUGCAAGUAAACAUCUAAUCAAUAAAAUUUCACAAAUACAUUUGUAACUUUGUAUCUCCAAAUAAAGCAACUACUUUUAAGAAA